AUGGACAAGCGCCGCGAGUCGGACAAGAAGAUGGAGAAGCUGCAGAAGGUCCUGGCCAAGUACGCGCCGAAGGAGCCGGCCGUGUCCAAGGAACUGGCGGCAUUGGUGCAGCAGCACUACAGGCUGUUGCCGAGAAACGCCAUCGACAAGGCGUGA